UGAAGUUUGAAAGGAAAUGGGUGGAUUUUUUGAUGUUGUAGGAUCAUUACCUGGCUGAAGACUAAACAUGAGAAUAGCCGGUGCUGCAAAGUUGGUAGUAGUCAUAGCAAUAUUUUUAUUGACAUUCUAUGUCAUAUCUCAAGUUUUUGAAAUAAAAAUGGAUGCAAACUUAGGACACAUAUUUGCUAGAUCAGCAUUGGAUGCAGCUGCACGUGCUACAAAACCCCCAAGGUACAAAUGUGGCAUUUCUAAAGCUUGUCCUGAAAAGCACUUUGCAUUCAAAAUGGCAAGUGGAGCUGCAAACGUAGUUGGGCCUAAAAUUUGUGUAGAAGAUAAUGUUUUAAUGAGCGGAGUUAAAAACAAUGUUGGCAGAGGAAUAAAUGUGGCUUUGGUCAAUGGUAAAACAGGAGAAACAAUAGACACCAAGUUCUUUGACAUGUGGGGUGGAGAUGUGGCACCGUUUAUUGAAUUCCUAAAGUCAAUCCAGGAUGGAACCAUAGUGUUAAUGGGAACAUAUGAUGAUGGUGCUACCAAGCUUAAUGAGGAAGCACGGAAGCUGAUUGCAGAAUUGGGGAGCACAUCCAUUACUAACCUUGGCUUUAGAGACAACUGGGUCUUCUGUGGUGGAAAAGGAAUUAAGACUAAAAGUCCAUUUGAACAGCAUAUAAAGAACAACAAGGACACAAACAAAUAUGAAGGCUGGCCAGAAGUUGUUGAGAUGGAAGGCUGCAUCCCACAGAAGCAAGACUAAAACAAAAGGAAAGAAUGUGGAAGAAAAUGCACUUUCUGCUACUAAUUGGGAGAGGGCUAUGAAGGAAACUGUACUGUAAAUAAUAUUUUUAAAGCAUGCAACCAUCCUGUCGGUGUGUGCAUGAGCACUGACAUUUUGAAUAUUGGGAUUAUUUAUUGCUAAUACACAUAGCAAUCCUUUUUUGUAAAUAUGUCCAAAAAAAGAAAAAAAAAAUCAUUUCUAAGCAGGUUUCCUAAAAGCACAGCAUUUAGUUUAUCUAAAGUAAAUAAUAUCUCUUAGAUAACAGGCUAAUAAAUUCCAUAUACCAGUGAUCAACAUCUGUCAAGAUCUAUUUGUUUUACUGUUCUCUAACAGCGUAAUGUUGCUGUGAGUAUGUAACCUUUGUGGAAUAUGUAGAUUUUAGUGAUAAGUUAAUAAAGAGCUUUAAUUUUUUUUUUUAUCCUCUGCCUCUUUAAAUGGCAGCAUCACUUUUUAUUAAAGCUAUUUGGUUAUUCUAA